AUGGGGGAUGAGCUUCAACUUCGAGCACAAGGUCACGUAGGAGAAUUACCGCGUCAGUUCGGAGCAUUUGCGACACUUUCUCUGGCCUUCAGCAUCACCAACUCGUGGGUUGGCUACUCUGCAGUAUUUGCCACCCCAUUAUUUGCAGGUGGAGGUCCGACAGUAUUCUUCGGCCUGCUUGUCGCUACGAUAGCGUGCAGUUUCACUACAGCUGGCCUUGCCGAGUUGGCGUCAGCUUUCCCUUCCAGCGGCGGUCAAUAUCACUUCGCUUUCAUGGUCUCGUCUCCCUCGAACCGGGCCGCUAUAGCAUUCACGGUCGGCUGGCUGAGCGUCAUCGCUUGGGCCUUGACCACAGCCUCUGCAGCAAUCUUUUGUGCACAGGUCAUCGCAAACAUGGCGUCAUUUCUACACCCCGAUUAUGUCUGGACCCAGUGGCAAGUCUAUUUGAUCUACGUGCUACUAUGCAUCAUCGCUGUUGCCAUCGUCAUCGGGCUGCCUCGACAAAUCCCCCAUUUUGAGAUGGUGUCCUUUACGCUGUCCAUCGUUGGAUUUCUGGUAUUCUUUAUCGCGGUCCUGGCCGCCAGUAAGGGAAAACAACGUGCUUCUACUGUCUUCACCGAUUGGUAUAACCAAACCGGAUGGAGCGACGGAACAGCAUUCCUCCUUGGAGUGGGUACCUGCAUGUACACCUACCUGGGAGUAGACUCGAGCGCGCACGUUGCGGAGGAGAUGCCGAAUCCGGGCAAAGGCGUGCCGCAAGCCAUGGUAUUAACGAUGUUAAUUGGCUUCCUCACCGCCUUCAUGUGGACUUUGGCUUUCAUGUUCUCCUCCACCGACCUGGACGCGGUCUCGGUAUCGUACCUGCCGAUUCUGACCGUCUACGAUCAGGCACUCCGCUCAGAAGCCGGCGCAGCCUUUUUCGCUGCUUGGCUCUUGUUCAUCUACUAUGGGGCAACCAUCAGCUGUUUUGUCACUGCUGGUCGACAGACCUGGGCAUUUGCAAGAGACAAUGGACUUCCGUACAGCAACGUGUUUGCCAAAACCCAUCCAACAUUGCAAGUUCCAGCAAAUGCCACCAUCGCCACCCUCGUUUUCUGCCUCCUAUAUGGAUUGAUUUAUAUUGGAUCGACUACCGCGUUCAACAGCUUCAUAUCCCUAUCAAUCCUUGGACUCAACCUCACUUAUAUCAUACCACAAGCAGUGGUGGUCAUUCGAGGUCGAGAUAAAGUCCUGCCGAAACGACCCUUGAACCUUGGACCGGUCUUUGGCACAUUCUGUAACGUUUUCUCGGUUGUGUGGAUGCUGUUGUUUAGCGUCCUGUUCUGCUUUCCUGUCUUUCUACCGGCCACGACUCAGAAUAUGAAUUACCUCAGCGUCGUUGUUGUUGGACUCGGUAUAUUUGUCUUUGCUCUCUGGUGGGGCGGGAAAAGAAAAACCUUCACAGGACCUCAUAUCGACCUUGCUGGCCUCGAGCGAAAGGAGGCUCAGCAAAGCCCACCUAGUAUGUAG